AGGAAUUCGUGGUAAAGACUGCCCCACAGUACAAGAGGAUCUCCCAGCCAAGUGGGUUAUUUUUAUGGGACCCAACAAGUCACUUCUAAUCCAUUACCAUACUAUACCACGGCGAGCCGAUCAGGGCCUUAGAGCCGCACUUGAUCUUUGUGGGUUCAUACCUGAUUCGCCGACCCGGAACUCGGAUUGCACGGGUCUCGGAAAUAUCUGGAGGCGGGUCUGGGGAGCUCUGUUGAACCGGGUAUUCUCCUUGUCGCUACCGGGCUAGAAGCUGGGGGAUGCAGGUCGAUAUAUUGCAACACUCUAGAACAAUACCACCUCUCCCACCCUCGGAAGAGGUACUAAAUUUAGACUUUAGAGACGACGACAGAAAGAGGAUAAAUCACAUCUGCUCUCUCGUUGUAUCUUUUGAGGUUGUCUCUGUUUCUAUCCACGUUGUCCUGCCACUCACCCCUCGAGCUUCAUUCUGCUUGUUUUUCUCGAGCGACAUCGCCCCGCCCAGAACCAUGAAGUUCCUCCAACGCGGUACGCUCUUGAUGGCCGCACUCCUCGUGGCCCCCCCAACAGUGCUAGCAGCCGACUCGGAUGUCACCAUCUGGUCCUGCCUACCAUCGUCCACGACUCUAUCGAGUCCCUCCGAGUCCCCCUCAACAUCAACAGCAUCGCCCGAGGCUUCUGAAACCUUGUCGUCUGUACCAGACUCAUCGUCCACUGCCGAGGCCUCAACCGAGACAUCGGUAGCAGCCUGUGAAGGCACCGCCAAACCGUCGUCCUCUUCAACCUCGACUGCCCUACCUUCGACCACAAGUCUAGCAAUCCCUGUCCACAUCGGCGCCGUCAACGCCAGCUCUCUUGAGUGGACCAUUGUGUGGCGGCGUUGCAACAUGCCGGCAACAAGGUCUCCGUUUUAGGCAAGGCCAGGUUUAAUGCAUGCAACAUUUGUUAUGGGAGGUUCAAAGCUCCUCGUGCGGAGUGGGGAACGCCUCGUCCGCAUAGGUUUUUGCUUGUAGGUCGCGGAGAGAGUCGGAAGGGACAGGACAGUGCAGUCGUUUGUUGAUGGCAACUUUGGAGAGGUAUUGUUGUGUGGUUCAGGUCUCGGAGUUUGCUAAAGAAAAUACAUUUGGUCGUUUUAUAUCUAUCGGCGUGAUCAAUACAAUGGACACAACCUUUCCAGUCCAGCGCGAAUAAAGUUCAAGAGCAUAGCCA